AUGACAGCAAGCGCACCUGCACCAAUCGCACUGACCUCGUCGCUCUCACCGGGGUGCAUCCUGUCCGUCAAGGUGUGGAUCCCAGAGGAGAAGAUCGCCGAGUUCUUCGAGUUGUUCAAGCCCGCCUACGACGCUGUGGUGGCCGAACCCGAAUGCCGAUUUUUCGUCGUGUCCAGGAACCCGCACGAUCCCACGUGUCUGAGUUGGGUGGAGGGCUGGGCGAAACCGGUUCAGUGGCUCAGUGAAGUGCAAUUGAAGAAGGCCUAUUACGAACCCUACAUCAGCACUACGGAGAAGUGGUUUCUGAAGCCCCGCCAGUUUGAGAUCACGAAUGUGGAGGAGGGACUGGCUCAUUUCAAGUUGCCUUAA